UUGUAGAACCAAAACCGAAAAGAAAAAGAAUGGGAUGGAGUGAGGGGGCCGAGGUCGCUGUGCUUGAGCUGUGGGAGGAGCGCGUGGAGGAGCUCCGUGGGCUGAGGAAGAAUGCUCAAGUUUACGCGGAGAUGGCGGCUGACCUCUCCAAGCUUGGAUACAAUCACAGCUCAAGAGACGUGCAAGUGAAGCUGCAAAACUUUUCACAGGGAUACAGGAAAGAAAAGGCAGAAAUGGGUCCUUCUGGUGGGUCACCUUCAACAUGGGUGCACUUUGAAAGGGUGCAUUCAAUAAUCGGUGCAUUCAAGGCGAGCCUGUACAAAGAUUUGACACUUGAAAGCAUUGAUGACUCAUCAAAAACAUCGUCGUCUACUGCAGCACUACCAUCACCUGUAACACCGCUACCUUCACCCUCGUCGUCACUUCCGUCGCCAGUGCCUUCAACAUCUGGAUCGGCUGGAAAAAUAAAGAAAAACAAUUUCCAGGAGAAACUUUUAGAAAAGUUUGAUAACUUGUCAUCGGACAUUGCUGACCAUUUGAAAAGAAGCGAGGACAAUGAAAAAGAACUUAUUGAAAUAGAAAAAAGGAAAGCAGGGAUACAGGAAAGAGUUGCGAAAGACAACAAAGAACUUGUAUUUUAA